UGUGUGUGUGUGUGUGCAUGUGCAGUUGUGUGUGUGGGUGUGUGUGUGUGUGUUUGUGUGUGUGUGUGUGUGUGUGUGUGUGUGUGUGUACAUAUUGUAUAUGGGAAUCAUGAAUGUGCGUGGGUUUUGGUAAUCUCAUAUAUAACACCUAUGCUCUGGGGGGAUCCAGCAGACUGCAGACAUGACACUCAGGGUCUGUCUCUGUGUGACCCUGCUGCUCAGCACAGCUACAGGCUUGCCACAUCUCAACUCCCGGAGCUCUAUAGUUGGGGGAGAAGAUGCAGCCCCUGGACAAUGGCCCUGGAUGGUGUACCUUAAGACCACUAAUAGAAUGGUUUCCUACUCCUGUGGCGGUUCUCUUAUCAACACUCAAUGGGUUCUGACUGCAGCCCACUGUGUCGACCCAUACAGCUAUAAUUUGGUAAAAGUGGUGGUGGGCCAGCUGAAGCUUCGUGAGCCCACUGGCUGGGAGCACCCCGUGCACCAUGUCCUGAUCCAUCCCGGUUACCGUGGCAGAAAUAAUGGGGACUGGCACAAUGACAUCGCCCUGGUGAAGCUGAAGAAGCCUGUGGUCACCUCCAAACUCGUGAAGCUCGUGGCACUGCCCACCCCUCUGGAUGUCUUCAACAACCGCUCCGAGUGCUGGGUCACCGGAUGGGGCAGAGUGGCUGAGAAUGUCUCCAUUGGGAGGUAAGAAGACCCUGCAGCAGCUGAAGCUCCCCCUAGUGGACGACAAUACCUGCAGGAAGGCGUACCCCGGUACCACUGAUAAGCAGCUCUGUGCUGGAUACAUGCAGGGGGGCAAGGACUCAUGCCAGGGCGAUUCUGGCGGCCCCCUGGUGUGUAAAUCGGUGUCUGGGAAGUUUGUCCAGGUCGGGGUGGUGAGUUUUGGACAUGGCUGUGCCCGGCGUGGCUACCCUGGGGUGUACAC